CACUUUAUUUAACUUGAAAUACGAAAAGAGUAGAAAACACAGCUGACGAGAACGGAAUUUUAUCUCUUUAUUCACUUCUUCUUUAUUCCUUCAAGACUUAAAUACAUAUAUUUAUUUCACUUUAAAGUGUGAAAAAGUGUGCACUUUAGAAAAAUGACAUCUUUUCAGACACAAUAACUUAACCUAAUGUAACGAUUAAGCCGCAAUUAAAUCUAAUGCAAGACUGCUCAUAUACAUAUAUACAAGAUGAAUACAAUACCUCCUGUUAAACCACCGCGUGGAAUUAAACCGACAAAAGAAACGAGCGGUCUAUUAAUUUCUGUGAUUCGUGCUUUAUCAGCAAGUGAGACAAACGAGCAACGAGAGAUUGAGAAGGCUAAAUUGGAAAAAGAGUACAAACGCAGUGAUCAAAGAUUGGAGGAAUUAGUUUCAUCGCAUGAUCAAGAUCUCAUGGAAGUUAUGCAAAUAUUUAGUGCAUUAUCUGAAAAGGUUACAUCAUUGCGAGAAAAAAUUCAUGCUGUGAAGGAGAAUUUAAAUGCCUGCAAGCAAUUGCUGAGAUGUAAACGAGAGGAAUUAUUGAAUUUGUGGCUAGAAGGAAUAGAACACAAACAGGUUCUACAUCUUCUGAAGGAUGUGUCGUCAAAUUCAUGCGGACGUAUAAUAUCUUUAACAGAGCCUGAGCCAUUAUCUAAUAUAUUACAUGAUCCCUUUGCAGAUCAAUAAAAUAUG